ACUGCCCCAGAGCCAGCACCGGCACCCGUCGCUGCUGCUGCUGCUCCCCCGCCGCCGCCACCAGUCGCCGCCCAGCCUCCGCCACCGCCGCCGCCAGUCGCUGCGGCCGCCGCACCUCCGCCGCCCCCUCCGGCUGCCGCGGUGAAGAAGUUUGGUGCUACUCCUGCUGCUCCCGCACCUCCUCGUGCUGCUGCUGCGCCUGUUGCUCCUCGUGCUGCUGCUGCUGCUGCUCCCGCACCUCCGCCUGCUGCUGCUGCCGCGCCUGCGGCUCCUGCCGAUCCUUCGCUUCCAGCUUGGAAGGCGGCACUCAACGCCAAGAAGGAAUCAGAGGCCAAGGCCAAGGCUGAGGCCGAGGCGAAGGCCAAUCAGCCCGUUGAAGAUCCCAAGCUUGCUGGUCUGCCUGACUGGAAGAAGAACAUUAUCAAAAAGAAGGACGCAGAUGCUCUGGCCGCCAAAGGACCCGAAAUGGAAAAGGCUCGACAGGAGGCCGAGCGACAGGCCAAACUGGCUGCAAUGCCCGAAUGGAAACGAAAGCUGGUCGAAAACAAGUAA